UUGCGCGCCUUCGAGCCGUCGGGAAACACGGCGAGCAGCAGCGGCAUCGUUGUUGUAUAUUGUCGCGCUACGCGUGCCACGGACGUGUCGUCGCAUCGUCAUCGUCGUUGCCGUUGCCGUUGCCGUUGCCGUUGCCGUCGACGAACCGCUGCCGCGCGGAGCGCCCUGGAAUACGUCGUCGUUGGCCGUACGAUCGACCGUACCUUCGCGCUCGCGGUCCCGCCGGCUUCUCUCUGACUCCCCCUCGUGCGAGGAGGAGGGUGCGAUCGCCGCGGAGGGUUGAUCGCUCGGAGCGGCGCUGAGAGCGGUGCGUUUUCGCGCGCGUUCACCGGAGCAUACCGCGGAGCGGCGGUAUUCGCCACGCUUUACUGCCAACCCCCGCCGAGUGCCGUCCACUGUGCUGCCGACUCCUCGUGACGAUAGAACGCAUUGGCACGCUUCCAAGCUGGCGAAACGGUGACUAGCUGGCUGCCACGGUGCUACCACCGCCUGCCUCCGACUUUGGGAAUACGACACUCGCGUGUCGCUGUCGUUUUAUUCGGGGGUAGAAUUACGUCAACGUGCGAAUGAGAGUUUUCGCGCAUAGCCGACCGUAGUCACAUACAGAGUCGUUUAGAAACGUGUCGCAGAUACCUAUAGCUACGAAAAUCACGUUAGUUAAUUGGUAUCUGUGCAGUACGGCGAAUAGUGUGACGUAUGCGACAGUGUAACGUGAAAAUGACCGCCUAGUCUCGGGGCAAUUCGUUUCGGAGCACAAGUUUCGGAGUUUCUUCGUUACCUCCUAUCUUCUACGUAUUUUUUUACGAAUGAAGUGGACGUAGUGUGAACGACACCGUGUGAACGUCAAGUGCUAUCGAUCGGUCUCGCGAUCGAUCAGGGGAGAUCAACAGUGUGUUCCACGCCACGAAUGGAGGCAAAGUGAUAAAGGAACGGCGGCGUCGUUAGAGGAUUUUAAAAGCAGCUUCCGGAGGCCAGCCCGACGCAAUGCGUCGACGCUGCUGACGCAAACGCGCCUGGAUGCGUCUCACUCUUAGCACGUUACCACAGCUUGCCGUUUUAGCGAAGAUUUUGUGCCUCCUGAUGGUGGUGAUGUGCGGGGCGGUGCCGGCGAUGGUGCGCUCCGUGAGUCUCUACUCGACUUGCAGCAGCGGCAAUGUUACCGUAAUAGGCCGCUCGGUCAAAGCCAUAGGACGCGACGAUCACAAUGCACCCUAUCAGAAGCUCGCCACACAAUCGGAAGAUUUCAGUAGGAAGCUGUACAUCUAUGCGGAGAAGAGCCAACGAUACCUUUGUUUCAAUAAGCGGUGGAGACUCGUCGCCCUGUUGAAGAAACAGAAGGGAGCGAUGUGUCAGUUUUACGAGGUAUACAACGGCUCUUAUUUGAGGUACAGGAGCGUCGCCAAUGCAAGCCGGUACCUCGGCUUCAACAAGUUCGGUAAUCCGGUAAAGAACUUCCAUCGCAAGCAGGAGUGCUUCAACUUCAUCAAGUACAACCCCCAUGCCGAUAUAAACCAUCACAACAAUCUGGUGAACGCGGAGGGUAUGGGCGGUAUGGAGCCGCGGGAGCCGUACGUCUUCUUGAGGAAACCGUCGCCGGUGAUGAGGGCCACGAAGAACUCCCUGUUGCAGGCCGACAGCGCGAGGGAGCACGUCCACACGUCCACGCAUCGCCAUCGGCACUCGAAUCGCUGGAAGAUGCGGCAGGACGGGACGGAUUCGGGACCCCGGAGACGGCACGAGAGUCGCCUCGUCGAGGCCAGCAAGUAUUGAGCCGCGUGCGAGCUCGCCGAUCAAGACUGCCUCCUCCGUACCCCGUGAAAACCUGAGAUCAGAACUGCCAAAUACGCUGGUGGAUCGCACGGUCGGGAUGUCAGGAGCCCACUUAACGGCGCCCAGUGUGUCGCGACUCGAAGCACCACGUAUUCGUUCGAUCGGUCGGCGAAUCAAGAGCGCGGGCGCGGCUCGCCCCGAGUACACACCUACACACGCACACGCGCGCACACGCGCGCGCGCGCGCGCGCGCACACACACACACACACACACACACACACACACACACACACGCCUUAAGCUGCGCCCGUUUAGUUCCGUUUCCGCCAGCCUGAGCGAAGCGACGUUUCUGCGGCGGGGACGGGCAUCGUCGUCGAGAUUUAGCGUCCGGAUCGACGGUGAACUCCCGCCGAUGAAGCUAUCUCAAUUUCACGCGGUUAAGUUCGAUUUACACUUGCCCCGACUGACCCCUUCAGGCAAGUAUGUACCUCGUAUAACGUAUAAGAGCGUUUCUUUCUAAUCGUUGAUUCCUCGCGGAUUUGAUUCGCGCGCGACGAAUCGCACGUUAUCUCUCUUGUCUCUUUUUUACUCACUUUCUAUCUACCUAUAUAUGUUUCUUUACUUAGUUUCGCGACGAAGCGUGGCCGAUUAGUGAAAAACACUUUUUUUUUCUUUUUUUUUCGAUGCUGCGCCUCACGGUAAAUGCGAAAUACCGUGCCAGCCCCGUGUAAAUUUAUUCAAGCCGACAAUUUAUUGUCCAAUCGAUCGUUUGGCGACGCGAACGAAAGGAAUUCACAUCACGUAGAAAUCGUAGCGCAACCGAACGGCUGCUGUGCUUCGAGCGCGGCCACCGGCCCGCGAUGGUAGCGCAAAGAGACAGGCGAACAGCGCUCGCCGAUGGACACGUAUUUCCCGAUUUGCCUGACAGAGAUAACUCAUCUUUCGGAUAUCGCGAAAUAUUGAAUUAUUACUAUAAUUCGCUUAAGCAAUAUUGAAAGAAAAAAAAAAAAUUUCGCCCAAAGUGCACGAUUAGAUAGAUCCGAAAAAAAAAAAAAAAUCUUGUGAAAAAAUCUCUACGAUAAAAUCUCAAUCUCAAUAACCUUAGUGAAAUAAGUACGCGUAACAAAUUGACAAAGAUUCGCUUGUGUUACGCUCGAGUAAGUGGCUGACGCGGCCAAUUCAUUCCAUUCGACUUGUGAUUGAGCUCUUUUUCGUAACAAGAGGGAAAAAAUCACAUUACGCGAGAAUCACGGGUCAUCAGUAGUAGUAUACUCGGUUCCUCGGGAAAUUAUAAAGCGGGAACGCGCUGUCGGCGUUGGUCCAGCGAGGAAAUAUUUGUCAUGUCGCGGACGCUCGUACGUCGCCACUCUUACGCCCGCCUACGCAGUUAGAGCUCACGCCGCGCAAGACUCUCUCGCUCGCUGUGCUAAUUACGCCGCCUAACGUAGCGUACGUGCGUGCGUGCGUGCGUGCGUGCGUGCGUGCCUGCCUGCUCGCGUGUAUGAAUAAUGUGUGCGUGCCUGCCUGCGUGCGUGCGUACGUGCGUGCUCGCGACAUACACGCCGGCCUUACCGCCGCCGACGCACAAACUCGUGGCACGAUCGAUUACGAACGUGCCGAGUCCGACAACCGACGACAGUUCUUUCGGGUUUUUUCUUUAACAAUUCAUUUCCCGUUCGCACUGAACGACGAUCAUACGCGGAGAUAUUACGCGGGGACCGUGUUCAGUAUCUAUGAAAAUUAACACGAUGUCGUUGUGUGACUUUGAAAUAGGAGGAACAGAAUGUUUCAGAUGCAGGACAUUUGAAGGCUUGAUAUAAACUAGGCUGGAGAAGUGCCAUGUAAUUUUAAAAAAAAAAAAAAAAAAAAUAUUACUUUUGUAUUUAUAGAAGAGCUCUCUAUGCUAACGAUACGGCAUAAGGCUGUACGUGUAAUUUUUGAGAGGAUUCUUAUGAGAUAUCAGACGGAGAUAAAGAGUAUUUUUUCUAUACUCUAUACUUUUUCAACUAAAUAAAAUGUAGUUUUUCAUUUUUGUACUCUUUCCAAGAUAUUCGUCUGUGUUCCUCUAUCUCUCAAAUACAAAAUGACAUCGAUUGAUAAUUGUUGGCAUAUUUUCUAAACAAACAAUUUCAUGUGGAACUUGUCUUGAGAUACUUCUUUCUUUCACGCAUUUUGGACGACGGCGAUCGGUUAGAACUGCGUGUCUGCGUAAGCGAGGAUACUACGCUAGUAUAUAGUUGUGUGCAUUCUGCGUGCAUACGCAUUUCGCCUCCGGACCGCGUGUGAGUGCGUGUAAUAUAAUGCAUUAUCGUUAAUGAAUUUAAUCCUUAGAAACGCUAUGGCAGACUGUAUUAUUAGGCUAGGUACAUUAAUAUAUGACGCGGUGGCGACUCGGCGAAGGGAACCAGGGACGCUGAGUUCUUUGCUCUACGCGAGAACGUCUUGUGCGAUAUUAUUUUCCGCUUCUAUUUUACGAGAUCGAGCGCCGACCUCGCGUCGUUUUAACUUUUCAUAAGCACAGGGAAGGCACCCCGGAACGGUUCAUUUUCGCAGACUCGCCACGUAAAGAGCGCCUGCCCCUCUCCCUCCUCUCUCCCCCUUUCCCAAAAAAGGAAGAAAGAAAUCGCUCCCUAGGUAGCUUAUUUAUUGAAAUCACGUUUAGGUACUACGCGAAAGCCGAAAUGCCCGAGAAACCCUUCGUUCCCCUUGUACGUAUAUAUAUGUAUAUGAAGAUAUGCGCUGCUCUCUUUUCAUCGUUCUCGUUACUCACCAUCACCCUUUUCUCACUUCUUUCCCCCUCUCUAUCGAUCACAUUCCUUGACUAUCAUUGACGCGCAACGUCAUACCACGAUUGCGAAUUAUUUGAUACAAAGUCACUAAUUGUUAAUUCAUCAAUUUUUAGCUUAUUUAUAUCUUCUUCCUGAAAAGAUACUUUUGAUUACAAAUUUUCUAUAAAAAAAUGGUGAUCGAUGAUACGUUAUAUCUACGUUUCGAUCACGUCGCUAUAAUAAAAGGAGUAGUACUCAAUUACUCAUUUCUAUGAUCCGAAUUAACAUGUCUGAAUAAAUAAAAUUUAUUUAAAAACACAUGUCUGUUUUAUCCGGUCCUUCAUUCGUUUAAAUUAUUAAAAUUCGCAUUUUUUUACACGAAGUCUGAAAAUACUCAAUACCUGAUUAAUUUAAUUGCAUACGAGUGGCAGUGCAUAAGAAAGAUUAUUCCUACGGAUGAUGUUUGUAUGUUGUGUGUUAAAAAGUGUAGGGAGCAAUAUGCAUGUAGUAACGCCACGGUUUGUGUGACGAAUCGAAAAAUUAAUUUUACAUCAUGUUUCAUAUACAGAUUGGAUGUUUAUUUUUUCGCGAAAUAACAUUUUUCAUAUAAUGUAAGAAAAUUCUUUUUUUUUUUACUGUGAACCGUUUAUUGUUUAUUGUACAUCAUAUUACUUAUUUCUUUCGGUGAUUCGUUAUCGACACGUGGCGAAUGCAAGCUAAGCACGAUAAGAUGUCGCGUGUAAACAGAAAUUAAACGCCAACAGAUGACCAUGAAAAAGGCGACGCUUUAAAAUCCGACGCUUAUAAUUUAAUAACAGAUAACUAAUCUAACGUGUAUAUGUAUUGUAUUGUAAUAUGAGUAUUGUAACUCCGCCUCUAAAAAUUAACCAUCUCGUUUUGUAUGUGUAAGCAUAGCGUCACGUAGCGAGAAUCACCGCGGCGUUCACGGCGAUGCGAUGCGGAGUAAAAUGACAGAAUAAUUUUUAUGGAGUAUGCGAGUCUCCUCGAAAGCGAGAUGUGUCACUGACUCUGUCGUCCUAAAUAUAUAUGUGUAAAAAAAAAAAAGAAAAAAAGCGCAUGCGAUUCCCGACCAGCGUCACUCUCGCGAUUACUCAUCGAACUACUCGUAAUCGAGCCAACCUGGAAUUAGUUUCGGUAUCGAAGAAAAUUUUGUCGAUCAUUUGUUACCGUCUAGUUUAUAUGUUUUUAUAUUGGCAAAAGAAAUUUUGCUCGAUUCUAAAUUCUGUUAGUCUCAUGUAUGUAUGACACUGCGAUCAUCUUAUCAUCGCCGCGUGACUCGAUUGCGAGCAGACUAUCUCACCGCCCGUCCCAGCCUUACCACCCUCUCCUUUUUUUUACUUCUCACUAUCGACGAACCAGAAAACGGCAGACGAAACGAAUAGAGAACACAAGAGAUGAAUCUGACUACCCUGUCCCCUCUCUUAUAGAUAGAUAGUAUACAUACUAAA